CGCCCCGACGGUAUUGAAGAAGCAAUCGACGGCCAUCCAAUAACAUCAUGUCCGACAAAAACGUGCUGGAUGCUGGCACUGUAGAAUCUCGAGGAUUCAAAGAUGAAAAGAAUGACGAAGUUGCAAAAGAUAUCGAAGAGUUCUUGAACGAAAAUACCCUGGGGUUGAGGUCGGAAACACGAUGUUUUUUKAACAUUUUUACUUUUGUUACGGCUCUGCCAUGCCCUGCUCACUGGGCAGCAAUCCAUCCUGGCUUUUUGAUGAAGGGAAUGUGUUAUUUUCCUGUCGUCGGUGCGAUGGUGGGAGUUCUUGUAUCUCAGAUCUUUGAUAUGGGGCUGCUGUUAUGGGAAUUGCCGAUUGCUGCCGCAGCAGCGCUGAGUACAGCAAUGAGUUUAAAAAUCACGGGUUGCUUGCACGAGGAUGGUUUGGCGGAUACGGCCGAYGGAAUGGGAGGAGGUUGGACGAGACAUCAAAUUUUAAGAAUCAUGUCCGACAGUCGAUUGGGUACUUUUGGAUCCGCGGCUUUGAUCUUGUACCUUUUUGCCAAGCUACAACUUCUGGCAGCCCUAGGUUCAUCAACUUGGAAAAUUUACGAUUUCGGUGUUUAUAGUGACGACCAAGCGACAUUCGAGUCAAGURCCGGUGCUGGUCCAGCGUUGAUCGUUGCGUAAGUCAAAAUCGAAAUCCUUAUCUCUCGAUUUGAAUACUUUGCAAUKGGCUCAUUUGAACAUAUUUUCUAUCGCUGUUUUCACAGGCAUUCUUUGGCUCGUUUAACGGCCCCAUAUUUGAUUUGGAGRUGUGAGUAUGUCGAGGAAGAUGGCCCUAAAUCUAAGUUCUACUCAUUUAUGAUUCGUGCAAAGUUUUUGGUCAGUCUUCCUCGCAUCUUCUUUUCAUCUCUUUUUUGUCAUGUGUUGAUAUCCAUCCUAUACGGACCACAAUUGUCGGCAAAAUUGAUCAUCGGGGCUUGGAUUUGUGCCGAAAUCGCUGGGGUAUAUGGACGCAAGAAGCUUGGAGGUGUUAUGGGUGACUUUCUUGGUUGUACAAUUUGUUUCGUAGAGUUAUUYAUCUACKCAAGCCUAGCAGGAGGUUCCGUAUUAGAAACUGUUACAUCAUGCUUGCAGGCGUUAAUGACAGAAAACAUUUUCUCUUCGCAUGGACUAGAAUAUWUUUUGGGGAAUGAAAAGUUACUUCUCKUUCUUCGUUUUUCUUCGAUGACCAUUUUGUACCAAAUUUGGUGUUCGGUGGUUUCUUCUGCAGACAGGAGAUAUGCAAAAAAUGAAGUYAAGGAACAGAAAGCCGAURUGAAAUUAUCACAAACCAGUGARCGAAAGUCCACCGCAUCUGCUUCGCCGAAAGACAAGGCUCAAAGUCUCUUGAAAUCACCGACUGCAACAAUGAUGGACAAGCACAAUGCGGUACAUGGGUAUCUAGACGUUCUAGCCAAACCAGUUGGCUCGCUAGGGUCGUUGGAAGAAUGGGCCGCUCGUAUUUCUAUGCUGCAAGGUAGUUUGAGUCCCAAGGCUGACUCAGUCAGUGUCAUCAUUUUCGCCGGAGACCAUGGAGUAGCAGCUGCCAAGGAAGAUGGUGGAGAAGGUUGCUCUUUGUACCCACAGGCAGUUACCAGAGCUAUAUUGGAAGGCUUACAGCAAAAUGUUGCWGGAGCAUCGGUCUUGGCAAAAGCUCAAGGAUUAAACCUUAGUGUGGUAGAUGUUGGUGUCUUGGGUGAUCCAUACGAAGGGAAUUUUGUGAAUUCGGCGAAGAACAAACUGUCGAAGGGGACGAAGAACUUUUGCGUUGAGCCCGCAAUGACGAUAGAAGAAAUGGAUCGAUGUCUCAUGAUAGGUAGAAAGACCAUUGCUCAAGCUGUCGAAAAAAAAUCGUGCAAAGUUGUGGCCCUCGGCGAAGUUGGAAUAGGAAACACGACCACGGCAUCCACACUUAUUGCUGCAUUGACGAAAAAGCCUGUAAAUGAUCUUUGUGGAGGGGGAGCUUUUGCUUCUCAUGAAGCCGAUACUGAGAAAAUCAAGAAGAAAAUUGAAAUUGUUGAAAGGGCACUGAGCAAGCACAAAGGAUCUUUGAAAGAAGCCAUUUCCAUUCUUUCUAAGGUCGGAGGUGCAGAAAUUGCAGCUCUGGUCGGUGCUAUGAUAGAAGCAUUGGAACGAAAUGUCGCUGUAUUGGUAGAUGGCUUCAUUGUCACAGCAGCGGCAUUGGUAGCCGUUCGGAUGAAACCAAGCGUAUGUAAUGUGCUAUUCUUCACAACAAAAUCAGCUGAGAAGGGACAAAAGGCAGCAAUUGAACAAAUUCAGGCCAUAGCRAAGGAGCAUAAUCUUCCAGUCCCGGCUUCUCCAGCUCUCUCGAUGGGACUAAGAAUGGGCGAAGGUACUGGAGCAAUACUUGCAGUUCCUAUUCUUCAAAGUUCAGCCUCCAUGAUCACGAACAUGGCCACAAUUCAAGAAAUUCUCUCAUAAAAAAUCAUUMGUCUGUGGAUGGGCCUAAAGGAAAUUUAUGAAUUUUUUUCGUUCGAAUUAUUUAAAGUAUGAUAGUGCAUAUUCGUCAGACUUCRAUUUAUAAUUUGAUCACUUCAUCGGCUGGUAACUGCCGUGCCACCUAAAUCCAACAUAUUUUGUUGAGCACUAACAGGAGUUGUUAGUGCCGUUUCCUCUAUUCUUUCGGUAGAUUGGUGGGCAUAUUAACCACAAGAAUACGACACGAACCAUGCGGAAGAUACUACAAAUGAUGACAAGCUUAUCUAGGUUGUUCCAAUGGUUCUCUCGUGUGAUGUCAAGCGAUGUAACAAUUGGAAUCGUAAUCCAAUCUCCAAUCUGAGCUCCAAAGUCGAUGCAUGAAAGAAAUGAGGCAUACUGCAUUCCAGCACUGAUCAUGGGAAAUUUCUGUCCUGUAGAUUGGCAUUGUGAGAUAUCAGCAUCAUCUUCAUGGCGCGAGUCMACACUGAGKGAAGAAAAUMUUGGUCUUUGAACCCUCUCAAAGUCAUGGGCUAGUGAGGUCAUUUCUUCUGCUGGCUCAUCUGGGCAACCAUCAUUCCCUUGUGGGUUGUUUCGUCGAUCAUCGAAUAGUUUGUCAUCGUCACUAUGUACAUUUGUUGUUGACAAAACCAAAGCUGGCAUGUAAUCAAGCUCUGCAAAAAAAUAUUUCACAAGGCCUACUGCUACAACCAAAAWYCUCAGUGAAGUGUCGAUAGAAUAAUCCCCAUCCACUUCCUUCUCCUUGACAGCACGAAUUACCCAGACAUCCAAUAGUGCAAUCAGUCCCAUCACUAUAUCUAGACUUGCUAUCAGCCCAAUCAAUGGCCAACCAGAAUGAAAGUAAGGAGACAAGAACCUUUCGUAAAAAAAUGUAGCCAAAGAUCCGAUGGCUGACUUGAGGACAGAGAGCAGUUGUAGAAACUGCGGCUCUGUUUCGAAGACAGUAUAYAGAUAGGAAUACAUCAAGAAACCAGCAAUAGGCAGGGAAUAUCUCAGCAGAAAGUAUAAGUUGAGCCUUCCGUGUGACAAUUUAUUCGAUUGAGAAUAAAUCKUGUUGCUUUCAUCGUCUGACACAGGCAUAAAUGAGGUUGCUUUCUGCUUGCGCUCGUAUCGAUAACCAAUAUAAAUGGUGAAAAUUAGGGCACCGACYAAGAUUGCUACCAAUAACACAAAUGUCGCCUGGGUUGAAACUGCAAUUAUGGGCUUUCGAAGGGCUGUUGCCGCCAAAAUUAUUUGGAAAACUACCAACGUCGAAACUUCGACCAUUUUCUGGUGACGCUGAAUAGUCGACUGUGCUGUGUCUCGACUACGGCUCUGGAGCUCUGAUGAAAGGGUGCCUUCUUCGUCACCAAAUCUGGAAAKCUCAAUUUCAUUUCCUUGAAUGGAAGAKGAAAUGCAACUAAAGUUAUUUGUUGCCAAUGCCGGGGUGCUGUCAUCUUCUUCAAGCUCUUGGUUGUUGUCGAUAGCGUCAUCAUCAUCCGAAGUAGAUUCUCUCAUGUGCAAGUUUGCAGACAGAUUCCCGACAUAAAAUUGAUAUUUCACA